GAAGAGAUGAAGAAAGGAGCAGGGGAGAGAAAGGAGGGGGAGACAAAAUGAGAAGAGGGUGGGCUGCAAGGAAAGAGCGAGCAAGACAGGGCGAGAGUUAAGAAAAACUAGAGAGGAUAAGAGGACAACAGAUGGAGGAGAGGCAAGUAUAGAAGGAUAAAGAAGGGACGAAGAAGAAGAGAAGGGCUGAAAAUCAAAGGCACAGGGUGGAGAGAGAGAAAACAGGGAUCGAGAGGGAUAGAGACAGCAGGGUAGGGAGAGAGAAAGAGAGAGAAGUCAACUAUGAAGACCAGAGACUAGGAGGGAACAGGCUCAGAUAUACGGCAAGUGGAGCAGACAGAAAGUUCUGAGACAGGGGUCUAUGAAUGGAAGGAGGGAGGACGGAGGCCCCCGUCCCAUUACCAAGGGUGAACAGAGGGACAAAGAGCAGAGAUAAAUGAGGAACAAAAGAAAGAGACACACUGUUAGAGAGGAAGCAGAGGGAGGGGGACGCCAGCCUUCAACUCCAUAAACUGAGGACAAGAGACACCUCCACGACUACACCCAGACAGGAGAAUGAGGGUAAAUCAAGUCUGCAGGAUACAAAUCCUGGGUUUCGUCCUCGUUGUCCUCAUGGCCAUUGGAUUUACCAUUCAGAUCCUAGGGAUCUACUUCCCGAAGAGGUCCGACCAUACAUCUCCACCACAAUUUGUAACUUCGGAGCCUGAGGCUUUCUCCCGGACGUGCAAGCCGAAACAGCAUAUCAUGUUCUUGAAGACGCACAAGACGGCUGGGAGCACCAUACUGAACCUUCUGCAUCGUUAUGGUGACCGGAAAGGCUUAGUCUUCGCUCUGCCUUUCAAGUAUCAAUUCAAUUACCCAAAUACUUUCCAAUCUCAACGAGUGAAAGGAUACAAUGCCUCCUCCCGGCCACACUACGACAUCAUGUGCCAUCAUAUGCGCUUUAAUUAUCCCGAGGUUCGGAAAGUGAUGCCUUCAGACUCUUUUUACUUUACCAUUCUUCGGGACCCAGCCACCAUGGCCGAGUCAUCAUUUUCUUAUUAUCGUGCUGUGUCGUCGGCAUUUAAGAAGGCACAAAACUUCAAAGCCUUUAUUAAUCACCCGUCACAAUACUAUCGACAAGGUGAAAGAUCCAACCACUAUGCCCGUAACCCAUUAUGGUUUGAUCUUGGAUUUAACUCUGAUGCUCCAUUUACGGAAAUGUAUGCAAAAGCUGGAAUCCGGGCAGUAAAGGACACGUUUCACUUGGUUCUUCUAGCUGAGCACUUUGAUGAAUCAAUGAUACUUCUGAAAGAGGAGUUGUGUUGGGACCUUGAUGAUGUAGUGACCUUCAAAAUGAACAGCCGUGGGACCUCAAGAACAUUGGAUCAUGGAGACAUUGAGAAACUAAGGGCAUGGAAUGCUUUAGACUGGAACCUCUACUCUUACUUUAACCGCACGUUCUGGGAUAAAGUGGAACACUUUGGAAAGGUAAAGAUGGACAAUGAGGUCAGAAAGUUGAAGAAAAGGAGACAACACUUGGCUAAACUUUGUCUUGAGGGUUCAGAACCUGUAGUUGCAGAACAAAUUAAAGAAGAGGCCAUUAAGCCCUUCCAAUUCGGCCAGGAAAAGAUCUUAGGUUGGGCUGUUCGAAAAGAUCUUCCUCCCGAGAUUCGGAAUCGUUGUGUUCGAAUGGUAACUCCAGAGCUUCAGUACAAAGAUCUCUUAGAUGCUCGCCAGUUUCCAGUGAGGGCUUCUAUUGGCUCAGUCCUAGCAGUCACUCCGGCACGGGCCGUAGGUAGAUGAGAAGAGCACUGGUGAUUCGUGUUCUUAGCAUGUUUUUAAUGCACAAAGUUGAAGACCUAAUGUGCCUGAAUAAUAUAUGGGAACUAUGUUCUUGCUGUUAACACUACACCAUUAGACUCAACAAGCACUUUAUAGCCCCUGCACUUCCGGCAUGCCUUCUCCAGCCUUAAGACUAGAUAUUGUAGGACAUGCUAAAAGUCUAGCUACAUAGUGCAAUCAAUAUGCUGUUAAUCAUCACUACGGUACUGAUUCUUUAAUACUGCCCCAACUGACUCAGCGCUACCUCUGAAACAUUAUGAGUCUGAUGGGAAUUGGCAAUCAACUAUCUAAGAACAUCUUAAAUAUGAGAAGGAACCCUAACAACUGCCUUCGAGUGAAUGUGAAUCUUCAGCAAAAAAUUGAACAAUCCAACAUCAUAGACAUUAAUAACAUGGAUCAUGAGAUUUUGGCCUGGGACCAAUAUAUCUUGAAUUUAGGUAGUACACUGCCUGUAAUGCUACCCUAUUAGUUAUACAGCACUGAGACUGUCACAAUUAAUAGGGUGUUUAAUUGAUCUGGGAAAAAGAUGCUCUGUAAAAGUGGAGAUGAUAAAGGACCAGUUGAAGUAACACCAAGGCCAAGUUGCCAUAGAAGACAAAGAUUGGGGAGGUUCCAGUAAAUAUUUUGUAUGUGGACCAAGAAGAUUUAGACUACACCACUGUUAUGGCAACCAUACACACUAGACAGAAGUAGGUUAAUAGUUGGACAACCACUAAAUGAAGGAUCAUAUGAUGAACGAUUGUUUUGAUGGUGUAAACACAAACAUUUUAGUCCAUAUUGGCCAUUACAGUGGUUCAAACUGACCAUUACUGUACAUGUUCAAUGACCCCAGGCGAAAAACGGACAACUAUAGUCUCACCAAGCCCAUGUUCUUGGAGAAGACAAAGACUGGGUAGGCUUCAGUAAAUAUUUUGUAUCUGGGCCCAGAAACUUUAGGCUACAUCAUUGUUAUGGUGGCCAUACACAUCAGAUAGAAGUAGGUUGAUGGUUGAAGAACCAUUGAAUGAAUGAUCAUCUGAUAAACGAUGGUUGCACUGGAGUAACCACACACAUUUUAGUCCAUAUUGGCCAUUACAGUGGUUCAAACUAGCCAUACAUGUCCAUUGACAUUGGAGAAAAACGAGAAUGUUCUUUUAAGAAAAAAACAUUCUUUCCAGAUGAUGGGAGUUGAUCAUUGGUCAACUAAAAUGAUCAUUUGGUGUUAAAUUCCACCUUAUGGCUGAAAUCAUGCAUUUUCAUUAACUUUAAGUCUAAUGUGUAUGGUCACCUUUAAGUCCCACAUCAUUACACAUGAACCACUAGAUGUGGUUUACCCAUUUGGGGCCAUAUUGAAUGAUCCUAAUAUUCGGGACCAGUAAAGGGUUGUCUUCAGUACAGCAUCAUUGUAAUAUUGACCAAGACACAUUAUGAAUAUACAUUUGGGAAGACAAUAACCAUUAUUGUCCCAACUCUUUGAAACCGAGUCCCCAAAUCUUUCAAGCUUCAUCUAUUCCUCCAAAAUCAACAUGGCAUCCACCCAAGUUAUUGAAGGUUUGGUUUGAAGAAGAAGGUGCCACACACUUGAAUCUUCUCUCUACUUGAGGCUUUGAAGAGAAGCGCUUUUUUGAGGAACUGGUUUAAUUACCUGGAUGGACCACUGAUUUCAACGGGCACCGUGCAAUGCUUUAUUUGCCCUGCAGUACUCGGCAGAAAACGCAUGCAGUGGGACUCCACAACGUUGGCUCAUUAUUUAUUAAAAUAGCAACCAACUUUCCAUUGCCCCCCAUGUGUCCACAACAAGCAAAAUAAAGCAACUUUAAAUGAAUGUGUCUCCAUGGUUACAGACUACAAACAAACCUUGUGUAGUCAGACCUUGCAGUCAUGGGUUACCCCCCCCCCCCCCCUCCCAAAAAAAAAUAAUCAAUUUUUAAAUAUUCUAUAGAGGACACAACUGGAAUGGUAUAAAAUAUCACUAAAGGGUUUCUUUGUUGUCUAUAACCACGGAGACACGUAGAUAUUUUGUUCAAUCAAGGUGAAAAAUAAUACUGGG